CCAUAACUACUCAUACAUACGCAUAUACGCAUAUAGCACAUACAUUUUAUAUCUUAUAUAUCUGCGAUACGGAUCCGUUCGUAUGGGACGGAAAACGUGUUGAUUCACAGACGCGGUGAGUUGGCGACACAUGUAGGUCGCCAUAUACUACGUCCCAUUGUGUUCCCUCUCCGCUCGCCUUCGUACAGGCUGAUCCCGUCCAAUUUAACCCCAAAAUUGGCCGACUUCUCUUGAAAUCUCCGUUUUUUCUGUCGGCGCAUGCGCUUGAUACUACUGUCCUUCAUGUUGCCAUUUCUCUGGUAGCAGAUUCUUUCAUUUCCUCAUCACAUUGACAGGUGGCCGCGGCCUUGGCAGCUGCGACUAGAGUGGCACAAAGGCAUAUUUCAUUUUCAUGUAUUGGGUUUGCUCCUCCGGGCAUCAUGUCGGCUUACUGCCACGAUGCCGCAUGGACCGAAAGCGCACUAUUGUUUGGCUGUGUAUAUUCGGUGAGACAGAGCAAAGAUCAGCUGCUUGUGAUUGCUCCGAUACUGAUCGGUUUCUAUAUUAUUUUGAUUUAUUUCCCCCAGGCAAACGCUCUGCUUUCUCUUCCCAAAUCCCAACAGGCGCGACUGCGAAGGGUUUCCAUUUCAUCCUAACUUUCCCACUGGCAAUAUUGAGGCUGUUAGGAUUCGACAUUUACUCUCGACGCCCUGAGCUCUUUCUCGAACGCCUCAUUUAUUGGACCACACCUGUGUUGCAUAUGCUGUGCGGUGGUACUAACUUAGCAGCUGCAUAUCCGAAAAAUGGUCGACUAUAGACGAUAUUUAGACUACCCUGGUGGUAGAAUCGUAUACGACAUGAUGGCCAACAGAAGCCAGGGGUGGCGAGAUAGACAUUUACGUGCGGAGAUUCUGCCUCCGGGGUGGAAGAUGGGAAUAUCUAGGCUUGGCCGCACCCCAUUCUACGAUCCGCUUAUUGUUCAAGAGCCGGUCGAGCGCCUACCCAUCCUCCCAAGGCGAACUAUUGGCCCACGGUACCAAGCUACAGAUCCAUGUUACGACGACCUCGAUCAACUGAAUCCACGGCUCUAUCCAGAGCAUGCCGACCUUGUCCAGCGCCAGGGACCUGGUUCUGUUGCAGGUUUUGGCGACCGAUUUGACAAUCGUCUCAGAGAUGAGAUUUAUCUAGAUUCCGAUGAUGACUUUCCACCACCCAGAACUGGCCGGAUACGAAGACCUCUACCAGAUAGGUUGCACGAAGAUAUCGCCGCUGGACCGCGAUUAACCUCUCACGACUUGGACAUUGUACAUCACAAUCCGCAUCUUCAACAUAUGCGAGAUGACUUGAGGCAACAGAGGCCAAUCCUCCAUGACCGCCCUCACCACUUUCAUGGACACCAUCAUAGUCGUCCCCCCCACCACCACCCCCGCGGUCGUCGACGCGUCCACUUCGCAGAUGACUUAGACGACGACCUUGAUUGGAGGAACCCCUUCGAACGACGCAGGAUGCCAUAUCGCUUCCUCGAAGAAGAGCUGGACUUUCCCUACGACGAGAUACUUUAUUCAGAUGACGAAAUCGACCUCCAUCGUAGAUACGCUGCCCAUGAGAGGCUGCUCAUGGCACCGAGGGAGAGGGGGGCAAGGGAGCGCUGGUGGGAAUUAGAUGACGAUUAGAGCUCUCAUAUGUCGGCGAAGGGAUGGCUUAUGUCACAUCUGCCAUAAUGAGGAGGGAGAGGAGCGAUUGCCUUAAUUGCAUUUGAAUCGUUUGCAUGUUCACUUAUGAUGUUCUUGGCUAGAUUUGGGCAUAUAAUCUACCUAGAUACUCUUGCAUAAUGCCAUUC